UAUAAUUUAUUUUAAGUCGGCGUUGUCCUCGCGCGCUGCAGCUGCAUGCCAAGACCUUCUACCACUCUCUACCCGCUCCUCAGCAAAUACAACGCCCAACUACUAGACCUCCUCAAGGGGGAGUUCAGACCUGUGGAAACCGCUCAUAUCCUCCGAGUCAUCUACGAGGACUUUGAUGACAUAGUGAGGUCCACUACCAGCGCCGCUCGGCUUCUGCCACUUAUUUCGUCGCUAUGCGCUGUGUUGGCUCGGGUGAUGAUGAACCGCACCAUGGGGGAGAGGUCGGACCUGCCGGCCCUAUGGCUGUUGGAGACUCUGUCGAAUAUUGAUCCAGAGAGCAAGUUGGGGGACUUUAUUCUGAAUCAAAGGUUGACCCUCAAGAACAAUGGUACCAGCCUCAAGCCAGUGGUCUUCAAUAGAACCAUGUCUAUGGAUGACCUCCGUCAUCAGUGGUUUCACAUUGCUGAACGUACAGCACUUAGGCAUCUCCCUCGAGACUUCGACCUUACCUCGGCUGAUGCUUAUGCGUAUGUCUCUACUUCAGCUGCUGAGGGCCAAGUGGAGUACCUACCACCGGGCCUAGUCAGUCUGGCAGGCUUCCAACAGCAGAGUGUUGUUAACGUCUACCUUUCCUCGUGGGUCUAUCCCGACUUGUUUACACCAGACAGAGCAAUCGCUUGUAUGCGCAUCUUGGCGGUCGCGAUGGAGGAACACAUCUGCAAGAAGCAGCGUCAUCACGACAUAGUUACAUGUCGCUUCCCUAAGCCGUUCCUGGACCGGGCAGGAGAGGCGUUGGUCGAGGACCUUCCUAGGACUGUUAGUAUGUACUACAAAAGUAUCUCUAGAGACGAUGCCGAUACUAUGGUGAAGUUCACUGGGCGACUGGUGCGUUAUUUGAGUUGCCACGAGAAGCCCGUCAGAAGGGGAGAGCAGGGUAUGAAUCGGAUGAAGGCAGCUCUGGCUUUAAGAGAACUCAGAUUUGGUAGCAAGGAGGCAUUUGCUGAAAAUAUCAGAAAGCUGUAUGAUGCAUGUUUCGAUGUGAAGGAUACGACCGCAUUACGACUUACCCUAGUACGAUGUGGCUUGGAGCAGGCCUGCAGGGCUGUCCGUGCACUGGGAACUGAUCAGAAUAUGAACCUCUUAAGGCAGGCAUGUGAUUUACUUCACUAUUCUCCGCCUAUAGUAUCCCCCCGGCAGCCGUCGACUCGAGCGACUGCUCAGAAGCCGCCGGAGAUUCGCACGUCUCCGCGGUCUACAGUGGUCCCUAACGCCCCACCAGCUGAAGAGGUUUUUACGCCUUCCGAGGGUGGUGAGAUAUCUCCUGUUAUGGCUGAGGACGAGCCGUCAGCGCCCCCAUUGAAGGGAAAGCCGGGGCCCACUUUGGAUUCACUACCGGAGGCUUAUCGGUCUAUGGCUUCCACAACGGUACCGCCUACUACGGAUAGGCUACGUACUGAUACACCAACUUAUUAUGAGGAGGCUGAGAGGAAGUCUGGAGGAAUGGUCAACACGGGAACGCUCUGUUAUGCCAACGCGACGUUACAGGUUCUAUCCCGGCUACCGGGCAUUUUGGAUGAUGUUGGAAGCGGGCCCAUCACAAGUGCAUUUUCGGGCGUAGUGGAGGAGCUCUCAGCAGUGGAGCCACGGUUGACGAAUGCCGAACCUCUGCUGGUGGCCCUAGGGUUGCCCUUAGACCAGGAGAUGGACGCUAGUGAAUUCCUCCUGAAGCUUUUGGAUGGACUAUCGCGUGAAAAUGACGGCAAGGGGAGCUCAUUGGAAAAGAUGAUAUGUGGAGAGAUUAAGUGCACGACACAGGUGGACUGUCCUGACCUGACCUGCAAUAGUAGUACGUUGAUAUCGAGCGACACUUUCACAACGCUACCUGUUGCUAUGUGCGACUGUGGUGAUCUGCGCUCGGCCCUGAUGGAGAUGUUUGGCAAGCCUAGUGUGGUGGAGGGUGAGGUGAAGUGUGGGUGUGGUAGGGCUACUAGAAAUGGUACGGCAAUACGUCGGAGUUGGUUGGAUUCGGAGAAGCUCCCCUCGGUACUUGUCUUUGUUCUUCAACGAUUUGCUGAGGAUGGCCGCAAGAAAACGAGUGGGAGAUUUCUCUUCUGCCAGGAUUUGAACGCACGACCUCUCACAGAGAACAGGAUAGGCUCGCCGUUCUUGUACGAUCUUGUUGGUGUCGUUUGCCAUGAAGGGCAGUCCUGCGACCUCGGCCACUAUGUCUCCUAUGUCCGCAGUGGUGGAUUGGAGGACAGAUUCAUGUCGUUCGACGACACAACUGUACGUACAGGCUUAAGGUUUGGUCCUAUAGUAUGGGAAACUGCUGCUUCUGUGUACAUGUUGGUCUACAGGCGGAAGACCUAUGGAGUUGAUGAUGAUGCUACUGAGGAGAAAGAGGCGUAUGACAGCAGUAAAUAUCAUUCGGCUACUAGCAGUGGCGAUGUGGAGGGCGGCGAGGAUGAUAGUAUGGGCGUUUAUGGCGAGGCUCAGGGGAAGACCGAGGCCCCUGUGAAGAUGGACACAAUUGCUCAGGAACAAGCCAAUUUGGUGGUGUUUGACGCUAAGCCGUUGAAGGGAGCGUCUGGUCUGGCCUGUCUCGUGAAGUGGCAAGUCGGUGAUAGUUCGGAUCGAAUAGAGGAAGGAGUGGUCAGGUACCCGUUAGAUGGGGAGCACUCACAGACAGUCAUGGCUAGGUCUUUACAGAACUCAGUGUUCUGCGAGCCGAUCGUAGAUGGCAAGUGUGCAGUGGCUACCACGGGCUCCUCGUUGGCCAUCAUCGACUUCGCCACGCCCGGGUCUGAUCCGGUCGCCAUUCCUCUCCCAUCGGGGGUUGCAGCUACCACCCUCCUGGCCUUCCGUGAUGGCUUUAUGUGCGUACUCACCAGCGGAGCGGUGCACAUUUACUCGGCUGAUGGUCUCUCCAAUGCUGUGAUGGCCUUGGAUGCCACUCAACCCGUUAGAAUGAUGACGUGGGUGCCAGCACUGGAGUGUGCUGUAGCCUUGUGUGGGGACGGACCACAGCUAAUGCGGCUACUUAACCCGGUCACUGGAGAGAUACCACCCGAGUACGCCAUAGAGAAUCAAGACGAGGAGAUGGCCUCGUUGGGGCCCAUAACCGACCUCAAGAUGGUAUCGAUGCUGGAUCGGCAAGCGGCGACCCCGGCAACUCUACCAGACGACACGAUGGCAGUCGGCUCUCCUAAUGGUAGCGACAACGGUGGAUCUAGGCUUAGUCAGCCAGCCUGCCUUGUCUUAUCUGGUCGGGGUCAGCACUCCCACCUCCGUGCUCUUGCGUAUGGCGUGGGUAUGUUGAAGCUGGGCUCAACACCAUUGCCAGGUAGAGCCACGGCCGUGUUCACGAUAGAGGAUGAGGUUCGUACUCGCUACAUGCUCAUCUCGUUCGUGGAUGUAACGCUGGUACUGCAGCUGACAGGCUCGGGGGUGGUCGAGGUGCCCCCAGGCGAGGCGGAGUUCGUCACUGGUCUCCCCACUGUGUUUGCCUGUCAAGGGGUGCAGGUCACUCCAGCAGAGUGCAAGCUGGUGCCGAGAGGAGGUGAUUGGCAUCCCCCACGUGGGUGUCGGAUCGCUGCUGCCUGCUGGGAUGGUGGUUCGCUCAUCAUGGUGGCCCUAGGAGAUGGUGAGGUGCGCCAUCGUGGCCGUGUGGUGGCCCUAGCUAUCGAUGCACCGGGCCUAGUCAACGAGGUUGGCAGCUUCGACACCGACACUGAGAUUAUGACCGUGUCAGCGGCCCAUGGGCUGUUGGCCCUGUGUACCAGAGGGAGCAAGGUUGCAGUAUAUCGAUACGAAGAGCAACAGGGAGCUACCCAGCUUGGCUUCCAGGCUCUUACUGUAGCCAACGUUAGCAGUACAGUAGAGACCAUUCACAUGAACUAUGUCGGGGGGCUCCACUCAUUGUACCUCGGCCUCACCAAUGGGGUCCUCAUGAAGUACUCAAUGGACCCUGAUCUUGGCUCUCUGGGAAGGCAGCGGGCAAGGUUUCUCGGUCCCAAACCAGUUCGCCAAGUUACCACGUUGCCGGACGAGACCACGCUAGCCCUUGGUGCUGGUACAUUCGCGUGCCGGGCCUAUGCCCGACCCAAUGAAGAUUGGUGCGUGCCGACCACUGGUUAUGGAGUGGAUGUACCAGUUUUCGUGGCGCCUUACGUUACGGAAGCAUGCCCCACAGGAGGGGUGGUAUACCUCUGUGAUCAGGACGCGGGGUCAUCAGCUAUGGUGUUGGGGAGUCUACUGCUGCCUGUAGAAGGCCACUGGUCUGGCUUCCACGAUUUACUCGAGCCAGUUAGCCUCGGCAGGACCGGUCGGAGAAUAGUUGUACUAGACGCUCAUCCUGAGGGGGAGCCAGGAGAGUUCGUCAUAGCAGUACUGGCUAGAGAUUCAGCUUCCAAGGGUACGCUGAAUGAAGGAGGCUCUGUCGUGCAUCUCAUAGGAGGACGGACGUUUACUAUGUUGGCUACUCUCAAGUUCCCGGCCAACGAAGAGUGCCUUUGCAUGUGCCCGAUAGUGUCCAAGACAGCUCUAGUAUCCCAACAACCUCCAGUGCUGGCAAUGGGUAUCCAUCGGAGAGGGACUGAGGCAGGAGAGGCUGAUAGCUACUCGAUAAGACUAUACACUUAUUUCGAGCUCGAGCCGGCCCCGAUGACUCACCGUCGUUACGAGCUGCAGCUGGCCAAGGAACAACCUACAGAGGCGGCCAUCAUCACUAUGACGGCCCACGGCGAUGGGGCGGGGCUUUUGGUCAGUCUAGCCAACGGCACGCUGGCACUAGACCGACUGGAAUUGACACGGCAAUCGUGGAACAAGAUGGAGGCGCCGAUUUGGCUCCAUUGUGAUCAUGAUGAGAAGUGUCCGGAUCGGAUCUACUCUGCCGCUCGUGCUCGAGGGGGUCUACAACUGCAUGGCAUAAGAAAGCGAGAUUGGUCCCUGCAUCCACUGUGUAGAGAUUUUGGUGGCCAACUCGGUGCACAAUUCGCAUCGGCCUGCAUCUUUGACCGUGAUACGGUCAUUGUGGGUGACAAGCGUGGCGGCCUCACGACCAUGCGGGUGCCUGGCCACAUAGCAGCUGACGAGAAGAGCGACCUUGCUGGAUACCCUAUGCGGAUGCCUCUCGAGAUCUCGGCUUGCUUCGAACCGUUGGCGCAUAUCACUCUGGGCUGUGAUAUCCCUACGGCAGUAUGUGCAGUUGAGACGUCUUUGCUCGGCGCUCUACCUCAAUGUAUUGUGUAUGCUACGAUUCGAGGGGCCAUCGGAGUUCUGGUGCCGUUGCCAGACCAUGGGAGCGCGAUGGGCGCUGGUCCGUGGAAACAAAGGGCACAGGCGGGCAACAUAGAAUCCUUCGCGGACUCACCACAGUUCCUAUCGUACUUAGAAGGGCUCUUCCGUUCUUGCGUGUGCCCAACACGACCCAGUCAGCGACAGCCGUUACAGCCUCCCUCCACAGGUGUUAUCGAUGGCGAUAUGUGUGAACAGUUGAUCGGUCUUGACGGGUCCAGUUUGAAUCCCACGGUCCAGCAAGUCCUCCUAGAAGCGGGGAUGCUUCCAGAGGGCGACACUCAGAGCGUUGCCGACCAGAUAGCGGCCUCGUUGGACAACCUUCGAGGGGUCAUGGCUACCGCCGCUUUCCGAGUUUGA